AUGUGGGCUUUGUGCCUUGCAGCAUUGCUUAUUAUAAGCAUUACGCAUUGGGUUUAUAGGUGGAGAAAUCCUAGGUGCCAUGGAAAACUUCCACCAGGUUCAAUGGGAUUGCCGCUACUUGGAGAGACCUUACAGUUCUUCACUCCCAACACCUCUUCUGAUAUUCCUCCCUUCAUCAAGAAAAGAAUGAAAAGAUAUGGACCAAUUUUCAGGACUAAUUUGGUGGGAAGACCAGUUAUAAUAUCGACAGACCCGGAUCUCAAUUACUUUGUCUUCCAACAAGAGGGAAAUUUGUUUCAAAGUUGGUACCCAGAUACCUUCACAGAGAUUUUUGGCAAGCAAAAUGUUGGUUCCUUGCAUGGGGUUAUGUACAAAUAUCUCAAGAACAUGGUGCUGCAUCUCUUUGGACCCGAAAACCUUAAAAAGAUGAUCCCUGAAGUUGAACAAGCAGCUCUCAGCAGAUUACAACAAUGGUCAUAUCAGGACAUUACAGAACUAAAAGAUGCAACUGCAAGUAUGAUAUUUGAUCUCACUGCAAAAAAACUUAUCAGUUAUGAUUCAAAUAAGUCCUCGGAGAAUUUAAGGGAAAACUUUGUUGCAUUCAUACAAGGAUUGAUCUCCUUUCCUUUGGACAUCCCUGGAACAGCUUAUCACAAAUGUUUACAGGGUAGGAAAAACGCAAUGAGAAUGCUGAAGAACAUGCUGCAGGAAAGACGAGCAGAGUCCCGGAAGCAACCGGUUGAUUUUUUUGAUUAUGUUCUUGAAGAACUUAAGAAAGAGGGAACAAUCCUGACAGAGGGAAUUGCUUUGGACUUAAUGUUUGUGCUGCUUUUUGCAAGCUUCGAAACAACUUCUCUAGCUAUAACAUUAGCCAUGAAGUUUCUUUCAGACCAUCCUCUUGUGCUAAAGCAAUUAACGGAAGAGCAUGAGAUGAUUAUAAAGCAAAGGGAAAUUGCUGAUUCUGGACUUACAUGGAAAGAAUACAAGUCAAUGACAUUCACAUUUCAGUUCAUCAACGAAACGGUUAGGCUGGCAAAUAUAGUUCCCGGUAUCUUUCGCAAAGCAGUGAGAGAAAUAAACUUUAAGGGAUAUACCAUUCCAGCAGGUUGGGCAGUAAUGGUUUGUCCCCCAGCAGUACAUUUAAACCCAGCAAAAUAUGAAGACCCUGUGGCCUUCAAUCCAUGGAGAUGGGAGGGAGUAGAAGUAAGCAGUGCAUCAAAACAUUUCAUGGCUUUUGGUGGUGGCAUGAGAUUCUGUGUUGGGACAGAUUUUACUAAGGUGCAGAUGGCUGUGUUUCUUCAUUGCUUAGUUACAAAGUACAGGUGGGAAGCAAUCAAAGGAGGAGAUAUAGUUCGAACUCCGGGUUUACAAUUUCCAAAUGGUUUUCAUGUUAAGAUCAUGGAGAAGGAUACAAGGAACAGAAAACAGCAUUAUAUAGCUGCAGAUGCUUAAACCAGAAAUGUUAGUAGGCAAGUCAUUUGUAUGGCUAGAGAGAGAGAGAGAGAGAGAGAGAGAGAGAGAGAGAGAGAGAGGCACAGGAGAUUUUUUCCAGCUUGACAUAUUUUGCACCGGGAUUUUUAUUUCUCUCAAGCUGCAAAGAGGAUGACAGAUCAAGAACAUCACAUUUGGAAUAUGUACAGAGAAGAAAAGCAAUUAUAUCAUGUUCUCUCCACAAACAAAGACCAACCCAUAUUUUUGUUUGGGGUCACAUACAAAGUUUUAUGCUUCUACACCAAUUUUCUUCCUCCUUUUUUUUUUUUUUUUUCGAACAAUGUUUAGUUGUAUAAGGGUGGAAGCAGAAAAGAGAAAAAAGAACCGUUUAAAGACAAAUGUAGAAUCCAACAUAUAAUACAUUUUAUCAAAAUGAGGAUAUACUUGUAACUAGGGGUGGGCAUCAAUCCGGCCGAUCCGGUCAAUCCGGCCGAACCGAUUAUAUUGGAUUGGUUUGGUUUGGUUUUGACCAAAGAAAAAGUCAACAUUUUGAAAAACCGAACCGAA